UUCAGAUGUACUUAUUUACAGCAAGAAGUUCUCUUUAAAGUGUAAGUUGAUAAACAUCAAAUUAUCGAAAAAUGUGUUUGGUAAAUUUAAAGUAGACAUUUUAUUACUAAAAGUUGGACCAAAGAAACGUUAAUUUAGUGAUAAUCCUAUUGUAAACUGAUAUUAAGAACGUUUAAAUGAACAGUUCAAGCUUAACCAAAGCAACAAAAUGGCUGAUUUAAUAUCCUUUAUCCAAGACGAGAUGCUAGAUGAUACCGACGAAGGUGUUUUCGACCAAGGUGAUGGACCGACGUCUUCAGCGGUGGACUACACCCUACCGCCCCUUCUCAGACUUAAGAAGCACGCUUUCUACGACCAUUUGUUUUGUUCUAGACAAAUGGUUCCUAGGGUUCUUGUCGACAUUUUCCGGACCUGUUCACCGGACGUCAUCUCUAAAGAUCUACCUCAGAUUAUGGAGUAUUUCACAAAGUUGGCCGAACAAGAUGAGGAUGUUUUGGCCAGAACGGAACUUAUCAAGCAGAUUCCGAACGUGGCGACAACGGCGUCUUUAUGCGCGGCCCAGGUGCCCUGUCUCGCGACCGUCGUGUCGAAUUACAUUUUGCCCUUGAUCGUUCACAAUUUGAGUACCGCCGAAAAUCCGGUCAGGAAUGCCACACAUACUGCAUUAUUUGUUCUUCUGGAACAGGGACUGAUUAGCAAGGUGCAGGCUGAGAUACAAAUAUGCCCCACUGUCCUGGCCCUUUCUCAGACAGAAAAUCUUAUGAAUUACACAGGUGCUGUUACGCUGAUGAGCAAAAUGACUACGUAUUUGGGCCGCGAGAUAACCGAACGCGUUUUUCUCGACAGAUUUACGCAGCUCUGCUCAAAUUCGAUGUUCUGCGUACGCAAAGUUUGCGCGUCUCAUUUUGGAGACUUCUGUGCCGUUGUCAGUCAGACUGCGUUCAAUAACAAACUGCUACCCUGUUUCAUCACCAUGUGUUCCGAUGAGAUUUGGGGUGUGCGUAAGGCGUGUGCAGAAGUGAUUAUGUCGGUGUCUUGCGCGUGCACUCCGGAAACACGACGUUCCGUCCUUGCUCCUGUCUUCGUCAAAUUACUUUUGGACGAAAGUCGAUGGGUGUGCUUGGCGGCGUUCCAGGCCCUCGGGCCUUUCAUUUCUACCUUUGCUGAUGGUCUCAUCUUCGAUCAGUCGGGUCAGCUAGCAGUCAACACCUCUCAUCAAGAAGAUGCUGCUGUUUAUGUUAACGGAGUCGAUUUUGAGUCACCCUCAUAUGACAAACAGACUUCUGAUAUGUUGUCAAACGAUCUCAAUCUCAGUUUCCAAUCAUUGGAUCUUUCAGACCUUGAGAUUACACAUAAUCCUUUGGCUUCUUCAAGUUUAAUGUCAUCCUCUGAAGGCGGCGGUGAAACAAAGGCAACGAAUGUCAAAGCAACAGAUUCAAAUACUGAUAACAACGACAGUUAUACUUCAAAGUCCACUGGUAAAGGCAUAGAUGAAGAAUUUAUUUCCAGUAGUGGCGAUGCCAAUGACCAAGAAGACAUCACGGAAUUGGUUGAAACGGUCAAAAAUGCCGUUUUGAUAUUUCGAAAAGACUCUACCGGGUUUACUUCAGAAUCACCUAAGAAAGUUGAAGAUGAAAUAAAUGACGACAGCAGUAGUGAUUUUACGGAAAAACUAGCCUCAAUUAGUGUAAAAACAACGCCAGUAAACACUGCCAUUUUCACUAGUACUAAUCAGAAGAUUUUAAAUGCAAACAGCAGCAGCAGCAAUGAUAGCAGUGCUUUAGAUGAUGCAACUCUAACAAUAGAGAAAGAUGCUAUUAAUUGUCACAGUAGGGGUAGUAGUUUUUAUCUGGAGAAUAAGACUGCUGCAUUAGAAAACAAAACAACGAAUUUUUUGGAUACUAGUAAAAAUAAUAAGGGUGCUAUUAGUAGUAAUAGUAAUGGUUCAUCAGGGGAAGAGGAAGAUCAUCUUAAAGAGUUCAAUUGUUAUAAUUAUUGGUACAUCAAGCCCGACUUACCAGUUGAUCCUGCAAUUGUGGAUGGUAUUGUAUCAGUAAAUAAUGAAACCAAGGAAACCCCAAACGCAAGUGUUCAGUCUUCAGGUGAUAAUAUGUUCGAUAAGUCCUUUUCUGUAUUAGAAACGUCAUCGAGUGAGAUUAAAGUCAAUAGUGCUUUAGAUGAAACAACACCGGUUCUACCGCGAGGAUUGGCACUGGUGCAUAGUAUUAAAGCGUUUGACGAUAACAGUUUGGACGUGGUUCCAAAGUUCCUUGUGGACUUCUACGUAUCAAUGACUGAUUCCAAUCUGGCCGAGUCUAUAGACAGCGAAUUAGCCUAUCACUGUGCGUACUCUUUACCUGCAGUUGCACUCACGCUGGGCAAGAAGAAUUGGCAUUUGAUUGCGAAUACUGUUGAGCUUUUGGCCGAUGAUAUGCAGUACAAAGUGAGGCGAACAGUUGCCAGUAGUCUCCACGAAUUGGCGAUUAUUUUAGGCCCGGAAAUCGCUACUGAUAGUCUUGCGCCAAUCUUUGACGCCUUUAUCAAGGACCUCGAUGAAGUUAGGAUAGGGAUACUUAGGCACCUUGCCCACUUUCUGAAGUUGAUAAGUCCUCGUCGUAGAGUCCUUUACCUUCCACGUUUGUCGGAGUUCCUUCAGACAGAUAAUGAAACGAAUUGGCGUUUUCGUAAAGAGCUUGCUGAACAGCUGCUGCUAGCCACUCCUUUGUUUCGUCCAAUAGACGCCACCAAAUACAUCGCUCCGUUAGCUCAAGAGCUGCUCUGUGAUAAAGUGGCAGCUGUCCGCGAGGUGGCUCUGCUUCUAGUAGCGGAACUUCUGCGACACGUUUCUGCCGACAGGUCGAUUACCCCGUGGCUGUUGGUUAAGUUGGCAGAAAAAUUCGCACACUCGAAAAAAUGGAAGCGCAGACAGUCGUUCGCCCUCUUGUGUGCCGAAUUGUUAUCCUCUAGGGCGGUGUCUCUGGAACAGUUCUCGUCGGAAGCUAUGCCCCAUCUCCUAGAUCUCAGUUGGGACCCGGUGGCCAACGUCAGGAUUGUAGUGGCGAGAACGAUUUCUAAGCACGUUGUUACUCAAGAAUGUUUUAUGGACCCUAGCAGUCAACAUUAUGACAGUCUUCAAACGGUGUUGAGAAGAUUGCAGGCGGACAAAGACAGGGAUGUCAGGCACUCCGCUAAUUAUCAAAUAUUAAAAUAGUGGAGAUUCUUUUAAAUACAAUAUGUAUAUUACGAUAAUUUUAUUUUAAUAAUCCAUUAUUAUGAUGUAUAUGAUAUAUAGAGUAUAUUCUCCAUUCCCAGUUGAUGUUCAUCUCAUGAGGUGUUUUUAUCUUCUCUUUUUUAGUUUAAAUAAGUUAAAAAGUACCUACUUAUAAUUCUUAAUUAGCUAAUUAAAAGAUGACGAAUGAAGUCCGAAGUAAACUUUAAUUAUUGUAAAGAAUUGUAAAUUUGUGUACAUUUUAUGUCAAUUUACAUGCCAUCAGCAACAGAAGUUUUAUUAUUAAUCGAAUUGCAAUUUUUAGUGCUGUCCAGAGUUUUUAUUAUUAUUAUUAUUAAGUGUGUGCUAUUGAAUUUGCAAUUAAUGAGAAGGAAUUGUUAUUAAUCGAUUGAUUGUUGUUUUUGAGAGAGAUGUUUCUAUCUAUUGUGUUUUUUGCGUCCUGAAUAAAAUAAACGAAUAUUUUUAUC